AUGGCGGACGUGGCGGGAAAGGCGGAGAAGAAGAAGCGCUCUCGCAAGAAGAGAAGCAAGGCCGGGGCGCAGCUCGUGGCUCCGGCCUACGAGCCCGUCGCGGCGGCCCCUGCGGACGACGACGGCCCCGAGGAGCCGCAUGCGCGCGCACAGCCGGACAAACACGCGAAGAAACGGACGCAGGAGCAGCGCGGAGGUGCCGCGGUGGACGCAGGGCCUGGCUCGAGCGACGACAGCGAGGACUUCCACGAGCCCGGGGACGACGAUGGCCCGUCGCGCAAGAAGAGCAAGCCCACGGGCCGCGCGGCGAUCAAGCAGUUCGGCAUCGAGGUCGCGGACGUGGAGCGCAUCGACGCCAACGUGUCGGGCAUCAUGUCGGACGUCAGGUUCGAUUCGAUGAAGCUGUCUGACAACACCAUGAGGGGUAUCAGCGACAUGGGCUUCACGCACUGUACCGAGGUGCAGGCGCGGACGAUCCCGCCGCUGCUCGAGGGCCGCGAUCUCCUCGGCGCCGCCCGCACAGGCUCUGGCAAGACGCUGGCGUUCCUGAUCCCCGUCGUCGAGCUGCUGCACCGCGCCAAGUUCUCCCACCGCAACGGCACAGGCGCCAUCGUCAUCUCGCCCACGCGCGAGCUGUCGCUUCAAACCUACUCGGUCGCCAGUGACCUGAUGAAGUAUCACUCGCAAACGCACGGAUUAGUCAUGGGGGGCGCGAACCGGCGCGGAGAGGCCGAGAAGCUCGUCAAGGGCGUCAACCUCGUCGUCGCGACGCCCGGACGCCUCCUCGACCACCUCCAAAACACCAAGGGCUUCGUCACGCGCAACCUCGCGGCGCUGAUCAUCGACGAGGCGGACCGCAUCCUCGAGAUCGGGUUCGAGGAGGAGAUGCGCCAGAUCGUCCGGCUGCUCCCCGCGGACCGCCAGACGAUGCUUUUCAGCGCCACGCAAACCACCCAAGUGGAGGACCUCGCGCGCCUGGCGUUCCGCGGCCGGCCGAUCUACGUCGGCGUGGACGACUCGCGCGCGGAGGCGACGGGCGAGGGCCUGGAGCAGGGGUACUGCGUCGUUCCGAGCGAGCGGCGGUUCUUGCUGCUGUUCACCUUCUUGAAGCGCAAUGCGAACAAAAAGGUGAUGGUCUUUUUCUCGUCUUGCAACGAGGUCAAGUUCUACUCGGAGCUCCUGAACUACAUAGACCUCCCCGUCAUGGACAUCCACGGCAAGCAGAAGCAGCAGAAGCGCACGUCGACCUUCUACGACUUCUCGAAGGCCGAGAAAGGCAUCCUGCUCUGCACCGACGUCGCGGCACGGGGCCUCGACAUUCCCGCCGUGGACUGGAUCGUGCAGUUCGACCCCCCGGACGACCCGCGCGAGUACAUCCACCGCGUCGGGCGGACCGCGCGCGGGCGCGGCGGGAAGGGCCGCGCGCUGCUGAUGCUUCUGCCCGAGGAGCUCGGGUUCCUCAAACACCUCAAGGAUGCUCGAGUGCCGUUGAACGAGUACGAGGUCCCUACGAGCAAGAUCGCGAACGUGCAGUCGCAGCUCGAGCGCCUCAUCGAGAAGAACUACUACCUCCACCAGUCGGCCAAGGAAGCCUACCGCUCCUAUGUUCUCGCGUACAACUCGAAUCAAUUAAAAGAUAUCUUCAACGUGCACGCCCUGGACCUGGCCGGCGUGGCCAAGUCCUUCGGCUUCCCGCGCCCGCCCAAGGUCCCCCUCAACAUCGAGAGCCGCUCGAGCCACGCACGGCGCGGGAAGGACGGCGCCGUCGGCACCGGGACCGCGCACGGCCACGGCUUCAAGCACAAGGCCGCGAAGAAGUCGAAGUCGUUCAGCGCAGCGAACCCGUACGGGCGGCAGACGGACGACGCGCGGCAGUGGUCGUGA